AGUUUCUAAAAUAUGCAAAUGUAGUCUCCACUUUUAACACACGGACCCCUUCAAACCUUUGCAAAAACCAUUUAUAGCUAUAAUUUCUUACACCAGCUAGUACUAGUGAUCAGAACGUUAAACAUUAACUCUCUUUGCUUGAUUCAUCUUAUUAACCUUUUGUUUUUCCCUUUACUUGCAGAACAUAUUACAUGCCAAUGCAAUCAGGAGGAGGAUUUGUGUUUCAACAUGAGAAAGAGUAUCCUGGAAACUUAACCCCUUUUGUGCUUGUAACAUGCAUUGUCGCAGCUAUGGGUGGUUUAAUUUUUGGUUAUGAUAUCGGAAUUUCAGGGGGUGUGACAUCUAUGCCAUCAUUUCUCAAGGAUUUCUUCCCAUCAGUAUACAAGAAAGAAGAGCUAAACACAUCAACAAACCAGUACUGCAAAUUUGAUAGUCAGAUUGUCACACUAUUUACUUCUACGUUAUACAUUGCUGCUUUGUUGGCUUCUUUGGUUGCUUCAACUGUAACAAGAAAAUUAGGUAGAAGAUUAUCCAUGCUAGUUGGAGGUUUUCUAUUUUGUUCAGGCGCGAUUAUCAAUGCUUUGGCACAGAAUGUAGCUAUGCUAAUUAUUGGUCGUGCACUACUUGGCUUUGGUGUUGGAUUUGCUAAUCAGUCGGUACCACUUUACUUGGCUGAGAUGGCCCCAUACAAGUACAGAGGAGCACUCAACAUCAUCUUCCAACUCUCAAUAACAAUAGGCAUUUUAGUGGCCAAUGUUCUCAAUUAUUUCUUUGCCAUGAUUGAUAAUUGGGGUUGGAGGUUAAGCUUAGGAGGAGCCACAAUCCCUGCUAUAAUCAUCAUCAUCGGAUCCCUCGUCCUCCCUGACACUCCUAACUCUUUGAUUGAGCGCGGUAUGCAUGACAAAGCAAUCUCCAACCUUAGGAAGAUUCGAGGAAUUGAACAAGUAGACAAGGAAUUCAAUGACUUAGUAGAAGCUAGUGAGGCCUCAAAGAAGGUCAAUCAUCCUUGGAGAAACCUCUUACAAAGAAGAUACCGGUCUCAUCUCACCAUGGCAAUCGCAAUACCUUUCUUCCAACAGUUUACAGGUAUCAAUGUGAUUAUGUUCUACGCUCCCAUUUUGUUCAAGACUAUCGGAUUUCAGAACAAUGCUUCACUCAUGUCCUCUGUAAUCACGGGUGCUUUCAAUGUGUUAGCAACAUUGGUUUCCAUCUAUGGUGUUGAUAAGUGGGGUAGAAGAAUCCUAUUUAUAGAAGGCGGGAUUCAGAUGUUUGUUUGUCAAGUAGUUGUCGCGAUUCUUAUAGGACUAAAGUUCAGAGUAAGUGGCAACCUAUCAUCACAAGUUCAUCAAUGGUAUGCAAUAGUACUUGUGCUCUUCAUAUGCACCUAUGUUUGUGCCUUUGCUUGGUCAUGGGGUCCAUUGGGUUGGCUCGUACCUAGCGAGAUCUUCCCUUUGGAGAUCCGUUCUGCAGCUCAAAGUAUCAAUGUAUCAGUCAACAUGUUCUUCACUUUUGUUGUGGCUCAGGUCUUCCUCACAAUGCUUUGCCACCUCAAGUUCGGCCUCUUCCUCUUCUUCGCUUUCUUCUUGUUUCUGAUGUCUGUGUUUAUCUACUUCUUUCUACCAGAAACCAAAGGCAUGCCCAUUGAAGAAAUGAGUAUUGUGUGGAAGAAUCACUGGUUCUGGGGCCGCUUCAUCACUCAUAACGAUGAUGACCUUAAGAUGGCCAAAAUGGGGCAGCCUCCUAAGAGGUUUCAUUGAUCAACUUUACCUUACUGUCAAUGUUUAAACUUACAUAGACUUUUAUCUACUUCAUUGAUGUUUUUUAAAUGCUCUGCAUUCUUUAAUUUUUGUUAUCAACGUUCAAUUACUAUAUUACUAAAU